CAGUCGGGCCUCGGUCGCCCCGGUAACGCGCGUGGGUCAGGGUCCCCAGCAUGAGCGUCCGGGUCGCGCAGGCAGUGAGGGCCUGGAGCUGGGGCGCGAAGUGCUGCUCCCGCUCCUCAAGCUUCCGAGGGCGUCCGCCGGGCGCAGUGGACGUGACGGAGCUGCUGCGAGAUGCGACAGCAAAGGAGGAAGGGCCUCGGGAGGCGGCGGCCCGGCGGCUGCCGAGUCAGUGCUCAGUGCUGCUCUUCCCGGGCCAGGGCAGCCAGGUGGUGGGCAUGGGCGGCGAUCUGCUCCGCUACCCGCGCGUCCGCGAGCUCUACGCCGCAGCCCGCCGCGUGCUGGGCUAUGACCUGCUGGAGCUGAGCCUGCACGGGCCGCAGGAGGACCUGGACCGCACCGUGCACUGCCAGCCCGCUGUCUUCGUGGCUUCGCUGGCCGCCGUGGAGAAACUGCAUCACCUGCAGCCCGCGGUUAUUGAGAACUGUGUUGCUGCUGCUGGAUUCAGUGUGGGAGAAUUUGCAGCCCUAGUGUUUGCCGGAGCCAUGGAGUUUACGGAAGGUUUGUAUGCAGUGAAAAUCCGAGCCGAGGCCAUGCAGGAAGCCUCGGAUGCCGUCCCCAGUGGGAUGCUGUCCGUCCUCGGCCAGCCUCAGUCCGAGUUCACCCUCGCCUGUUUGGAAGCCCGGGAACACUGCGAGGCUUUGGGCAUCGAGAACCCUGUGUGCGAGGUGGCCAACUACCUCUUUCCGGAUGGCAGGGUGAUCGCAGGACACCUGGAGGCUCUGCGGUUUCUCCAGAAGAACUCCUCUAAGUACCACUUCAGACGCACCAAGAUGCUGCCGGUCAGUGGUGGCUUCCACACCCGCCUCAUGGAGCCCGCCCUGGAGCCCCUGGCGCAGGUCUUAAAGGCCAUAGACCUCAAGAAGCCUCUGGUGUCCGUCCACUCCAAUGUCGACGGGAAUCGGUACAUGCACCCAAAGCACAUCCAGAAGCUGCUGGUGCAGCAGGUGGUCUCCCCGGUGAAGUGGGAGCAAACGAUGCAUGCCAUAUACGAGAGGAAGAAGGGCACCGAGUUCCCCAAAACUUUUGAAGUGGGACCUGGGAAGCAGCUGGGACCCAUCCUGAAGAGCUGUAACGUGCAGGCCUGGAAGUCCUACAGUCACGUGGACGUGCUGGAGGCGGACAAGGGCCCGGUCCCGGACCCAUAGGGGUCUCCCCAUGGCCGCGGGGGGGCGGGGAGGGCUCCAGUGGGCUCAGUCGGCCCCCCAGGAGCUGCACCGAGCCUGCCCUGCCUUCCGAUGGGGCCUGCCCUGCCUUCCGAUGGGGCCGCCGCCUCGGAGGAAUUGGGAGGGAUUGUUUGCAAAAUGCUUUGAACGCCACGUCAAAAGGAGUAUUUCUUUACCCGACAGUCCACUUCUUGCACCUCGUUUGAGUGCUGGGAAGCGAUGCGGCAGUGAUGGUGAUGUGGAGACUGCCGAGUUCUUGCUGCCUGUCCCAGUUCCGCCACGUGGGCAGUCACGUCCCCUCGGGCUCGGGGUGCCUCUAAAAUGGGCUGUAAGAGCCUGGCACACAGGUGCCUUCUGAGCAGUGGAAGGCUUGGCCUGUUGCCGUGUCACACCCUGCUGUGCAUGGCCGUAAGGCAGGGCAGUGCCAGGGGCUCCACUGCCUUAAAGCCUGCAGACACCCGCAACCAGGAUCUUUUGUCACUGAGUCCAGAGGACUUUAGGACCCAGCUGGCCUUGGCAGCCCCUCUGCCCACCCCCUCACUCAACUGUUGGGAGACCCAGUCCCACCUUUCCUUACCCAACAGGUAGUGUGGGUGGCCUCUGCCCUGAUGGAGGAGUGUCCUUUAGCAAGGUGGGAGGGGCGUAAACAGGGCCACUGAGGGUGUCUCCUCCCCCACCCCAGGUCAUUCCUUGGGACAGGGAUUACCUUGUGCCCCUGACCUAUCCUGGCACAGGCCCGCCCUCAGGGGUUAUCCUGUCUGCUUCACAUGAGCCAAGGGCAGGCGCUUGGCAAAUGCAGCUCCUUGCGUUGGUAUUAAAUGAGUAAUUCCACA